AUGAUUAUCUCCCCGGUUUGGGUUGUGGCUUUUGCCCUUCAGCCGCUGCUGAGCACAGCAGUACCAGUCCCUGAGCCUGCGCCAUCACCGCCAGGAAUCCCCUCUUCAUCUACAGCCAAGAGCGAGCUAGCGGGGUUGACCGUUGCCGCUCAAGGAUCACAAGACGGCUAUGAUCGCGACAAAUUCCCGCACUGGAUCACUACAAAUGGCUGUACCACACGCGAAAGUGUACUUAAGCGUGAUGGAGUGAACGUGGUAACAAGCUCCAGCUGUGCUGCCACUAGUGGCUCGUGGUAUUCGCCGUAUGACGGCGCAACUUGGACAGCAGCGAGCGAUGUCGAUAUCGACCAUCUCGUGCCACUGUCAAAUGCGUGGAAGUUUGGAGCGUCUAGUUGGACCACGGCAGAUCGUACAGCCUUUGCAAACGACCUGGUGAAUCCCCAGCUUCUGGCAGUCACCGAUAGCGUGAACUCCCAGAAGAGUGAUGAUGGACCGGAAGUUUGGAAGCCUUCACUCACAUCCUAUCACUGCACGUAUGCUAAGAUGUGGGUGAAGGUGAAAUCAGUUUAUAAGCUCACUAUCACUUCUGCCGAGAAGGUUGCGCUGACUGACAUGCUCAACACCUGCUGA